AGAUUUUAUUGAUCAUCCGGGGGAAACUAGUGCAGCACAAGCAACAGACGAGUUAAGAAUUAAUAAAGGACAGAGCAGUGUACAGUAAAAGAAUAGUAAACCAUAAACCAUAAUUAGAAAGUUAAAUAAAAGUACAAAUUAGUACAGCAAACCAUAGAUAGCCUAUAAAAACUAUACAGUAAAUUGAAACAAUAUACAGUUCAAUACCUUGGCCAGCGUGAAAUGUGCCUUUUAUGUGUUAAUGUAUAUGCACUUUUACAAUUACUGCAGUUUCUCUUUAUUUCUAAACAGUGACAUACAGUAGAUAUGUGUAUUUAUCUAGUCUAUAUAGGCCAUAUAUAUAUUUAAGUAUAAAAAUACAGGCUAUUAUAUAUAAUAUAUAGGCUACAUAUCAACAUCAGAAAACUUUAUUGUUCAUUACAAGGGAAUGGGAAUUUGUCUUAAGGGGCUCACAGAUAAAAAGGACACACAGUGUAGGUAUAGUAUCCUACAAUAGGCUAGGCUAUAUAAUAAGCCUAUUAUAAGGGAAAGUUCAUAAUUCAAAAGUUUAAAUAAUCCACAAAAUGACGUGUCUCAAUCCAAUGUGUAAAAUGAAUUGGAAAGACAUUGUUGUUACAGUCUACUUUAUCCUAUUAAUUAGGCCUGUGUUUAUAUCUGUCAUUGCUGUCUGUCGGAGUGAGAGAGAGAGGGAGGGAGGUGGGAGGUGCCGAUGUAGGUGAUAGUGCCUAGUUUAGCACUUUGCAACAUGAUCUGUGCACGCCACAGAGAGGCCGGGCUCUGCAGUCCUGCACCCUGCCGUUUCACCGCACCACAUGGAAACUGAAUAGAGCUUUCGAAAACGGGGAAUGAUAACGAAAGGAGGUGGACCGUUUUCCUCUGUCGGCUGGCUAUAUGAACCCGCACAGCAUCAGCUGCUCCUGACAAAGCAAAGGCAAACACAGAGAUGAGGGCGACGGAAAGUAAUGCUGGUGCUUAUUGCGGUCUGCGUCAAACCACUCGCUGCUUCAGGAGAUGAUGCCCUCUGUGCCUCUUAAAGGACUUUCUGGGUUUACUAUUCAUCUCUUGUGAACACCCAUGCUGCAGGGGUCCAUGUUAGUAUCUCGGGGUAAACAUCCAGCAGGGACAGUGAUGGCCACCCCAUCUCCAGCCGCCCAGUCACUCUCAGCAUCUGCAUUGUGAGGAGAAACUCGUCCUGUGGGAGUGGGAUUGUGAAGGAAUAUGCAGGGAUAAAAAAAAAAAACAACAGUUUUUUGUUUUUGCAUCCAAACCAGACAGAGCCAUAGUUGGAUUACCGGGUGUUGUUGUUUACCAACAUGAACUCUAUGUUUUUCUCGGACACUCCGCCCGGUCCGGUCUGCAACGUCCCCACCGGGUCGACCAGCGCCCUGCGAAAUGACCUGGGCUCCAACAUCCAUGUGCUGAAAACGCUCAACCUGCGAUUCCGCUGCUUCCUUGCCAAAGUCCAUGAACUGGAAAGGAGAAACAAACUGUUGGAGAGCCAGCUGCAGCAAGCUCUGCAGAGACCGAAGUACCGCCACCUUUACACCCGCGAAGUUGCAGUGCAGACGGACGGUCCCGAGUCGCGACUGCCGGGAACCAUCUGGAGUUUCACCCACGUCCGGAGGCAAGGGGAGCGCCUUGAGACGGUGCACGGGCCCGGGGUGACGUGGACGCAUCCGGACGGAGUUGGGGUCCAAAUAGACACCAUUACCCCAGAACUGAGGGCUCUGUAUAACGUGCUGGCCAAAGUCAAGCGGGAGAGGGACGAGUACAAGAGAAGAUGGGAAGAGGAAGUGUCCAAACGGGAGCAGAUGGAGUCCACGGUGGAAUCCCUGCAGCAGAGUGCCCGGGAAUCAUCGGAGAUCCAGGGUGAGCUGAGCGAGAAGGUGGACAGACUGAAGGCUGAACUCGUGGUCUUCAAGAGCCUGAUGAGUGAUCAAAUGACUGACUUGGACUCCAAGAUUCAAGAGAAAGCCCGGCACGUGGAUAUGGACAUCUGCAGGCGCAUCGACAUCACGGCCAAACUGUGCGACGUGGCUCAGCAACGCAACUCGGAAGACAUGUCAAAGAUGUUCAACGUCAGUCCAGUCAGGUCGCUCCCAGAGAAGGGGGCUGUGGCCUGCUGCAGGAAGAAAGAGCGUAAAGUGGUGUCAGAUGAGGAGAAUUCAGAGAUGGAUGCCGAGCCCAGCCUUUCAGAGGAGGAGGUCCCCGGGUCGCUCAACAUCACGGAUGAAAUGAAACGCAUGCUAAACCAGCUACAUUGUUCAGAUAACUCCUUUGUUACCAGGCGCGAGACAUUCGAAAUCGACGACGACUGUGACAGUCUGACAUGGGAAGAAAAUGAGGAGACUCUGCUGCUGUGGGAGGACUUCACCAACUACAACGUGCCGUGCGCCAUCGCUGCAACAACCUGCACAGCCAUGGCCCCCAGCGAUGGCAACGGUGAAACCACUGAUCCAGACUCCCAGGAUGGAAGUCUUGGCAGCCUCAUUGAUGAAACGGAGUCACUAUUUAAGACCAGAGAGCAGGAGUACCAGGAGACCAUUGGCCAGAUCGAGAUGGAACUGGCCACAGCAAAGAGUGACAUGAACCGACAUCUGCAUGAGUACAUGGAGAUGUGCAGCAUGAAGAGAGGCCUGGACGUGCAGAUGGAGACCUGUCGACGGAUGAUUAAAGGAGGCAGGAACUCUCCCUCUUUCAGCUCUGUGGCCAGCAGCGACUCAGGGAACACAGAUGAGAUCCAGGACGAGAUUUCGGACAAGGACGUAGAGGCCGAAGUCUCUGUUAGUUGAUGGCUGCAUAACCGGGCUUUGUCCCAUCUCCUCCUGACCACCCCUUGUUGUCAUGGGGGUUAAAUGUGUAUAGAGCUCCACCCUGCUAGAGAGGUGGACCAACUUCAAUCUGGGCCUGUUUGACCUGUUUAAGUUCUGAUGGUCAUGCUCACUGAUGCGGGCCCAGAACUGGUGCUUUUAUACUAUUUCUGUUGUUUAGAAAGUGGUGGUGGUUGUGGGGAUGUGGGGAUGUGGGGGUGUGGGGAGGUGGUGUCUUUGCUUCACAAAGAGAAAAAGGGUGCAUAUAGAGUCCGAGCUGUGCUUUCUUCCUCACUGCUGCCUCGCUGGAUUCUUGUCCAGAGCUUCACAUCAUUUUUGGGGAGAGAAAGAGAAAUUCUCAAAUGUUUUAAACAGGCUGAGAAGUAUUUUCUACAAAUUCUUACCCUAUUAAAGUCCUUUUUUUCUAAAGGAAUUGAAAAUAGUACAUAUUGUGCUUCUUGUUCGGUGAACAACAAAUACAUUAUUCACAGAAAAUAAAAAACAUCCAUCUUUUGAAUUUUAAUAUUCAUUUUAGAUGCAGAAAGUCAGUUCCCCCUUGUUUGGUAUACUGUUUUGUUUUCGUAUUAUUUAAGUCCAGGGGUUGUUUGUGAUCCAGAUUGUCUUCUGCCAAGGAGACAAAACAAGAAGUGGAGACAAAUGGUGUUGGAGUUCUGGUGGUUUCUGAGGGAACUCUGCAGGGUUGCCAAAGCUGACAGAGGAAAGGAGCACAGCCUUUUGAUGCAUCAGUGCACUACUGACGUUCUAUGCAAUUUAGCUGGCCUUACUUUCAGACUGGCUUUCACCCUUCAUCAUUUCUCUUCACACCAAUACAAUUAGCCUUUUAAGCAAAGCAGGUGUUUUCUAUGUAUCAUUUCGAGAAGUUUUUUUUCUGUGUGUGUGUGUGUGUGUGUGUGUGUUUGAGUGUGAAAAAAUCUAUGUAUGGGACAUUUGUUUUUUUCAUGGACACCAACAGUAAAAAAGUGGAACAGCGCCCCCCCUUGAACAAAGGACAAAAAUCUUUGCUCAUGACAAUAAUAUAGAUGCUACUUGAUAAUGAAACAAUCAGUUCAUUGCUCCGAUUAAGGUGUACUUUACUGGGGAAACAUUGUUCUCAUCUUGUGCAGUUUACUUUGCACACAUCAAGACAUAUCAUCGUAGAUGUCUAAAAUGCAUUAGUUUUUAUGAAAUAGAUCGAAUAAAUUGAAGUUAUCAAAGCCAAACAAGGCUCUGAAACCUCUUAAGAAAAACCAAAGGACUCAUUUUGAAAAGUUUCCCUUUCACACAAUCAUUCACACACAAUCCUAAUUUUCAUUCAUUGUUUUUUGGAGAUAGAUUUCUUUGGUUAUGUUUGGUGUUAUUCUGGUGUAGUUUCCUGCUGUCCUGCAGGGGACUCUGUUCCAGAUGGGUGGCACAUCCUGCUUUGUCUCUUCUGAAUCGGGGCUACAAGUGUCAGACUGUACAUAGAGAGCUGUAGGCAUGUGAUCGUAUACCCCAGAGGCCUUUUUGUUCAUAUUAGUCUUUUGCAACAGUUUGAGAUGUCUCACAAUUUCGCUUUUCAGUGCUUCCACUGGAUUAGCGUAGAAACUGAUCGGCGCAUGGGGACAGAAGUGAUCUUUUUAUCACCUCUUUGUAUUAUAAUGUAUGUACGGUUUGCUGGAUCAAAGAUUAAGUGCUACUUCUAUCUUGGAAGAUUUACAGAAGCAGAAUGUUAAAAUACAGGCCUUUUGUUAUUUCAGCAUGUUUCUGUGGAGAAAAGGAGCUAUGGAUCUUUUUUUAUAACAUUAUUUUUUGAACUAAAUAGCUGCAAUGCAGACUGUGCGCUACGUUUUUAAUCAAAACAGUGUCUAUCCUAAUCAUUGAUUAAUUGUAUUUGUGGCAGAAAAUGUAUUUUUCACUGUUUUUAAUCAUUUUAUGUUAACCAAAAAGUGUGUUAAUGUCACCAUAUUCAGCUUUUAUUAUAUUUUCAGGAAUAUUAAACUUGUUCCAGAUGUUUUGGUCAUUUAUUGGCCGUAUCAGAUCACCCAUCAUAAAAACCAAUUGAUUAUAUCAGACAAUAGUGAGGGACAGUCUUACUCGCAGAGAAAACGCCACAUGCUUUUUUUGUUUGAGUUGAUGUAAAACCAGCCUGAUAAGUGACAAAGAGCCAUUCUUUUAUUGGUACUGUACUUUGCAGCGGUGACAUCCAACACAUCAUUUAUUGAUUGUAUGGCUGUAACAUCCAAAAAAAAAAAACAGCAGGUCUAACUACACAUCACGCUGUCUUUCUCAUCACUCUGACCAUCACACUAACCAGCCAACCAAAGCAAAUAUGUACAGUAACAUACGACAAAGAUGUAAAUCAAGCUAUGAAUCCUACUAACUCAGUCUCAGUAUUUGUACAGGCCUACCACAGAUGUGUUAGUUUGCAGAAUCAUUCAUUCUCGCAAACUAUUGGACAUUCAGUGUAUUAUCUUCACUCUCCCAUCACUUGAAGCAGGUCAGAUUCCAGUUAUAUCAGUUGAAAAUACUGUAGCAACCCUCCUUGUUGAAUGUAGCUUGAUUGGAGGCAUCCUCUAAAGACCUUACAAGUAAAUGCUGAGCAAAAAAAAAUUGUAGCUUUUUAAAUCCAGGGAUAUAUGGUGUGCUGUUACUUCAUGGAGACCUUGGUAUGUUUUGCUUUACUAAACGGGUUCUUACCUGUAUGUGACCUUGGUGUAUGUAAAUUAGGUCCUGGUGGAUGUGAAUGUUUCAUACUAAAAGGGUUUUAUACGAGUGGUUUUUAUCAGCGUUGCACUGGGAAUAUAUGGUUGUGUUAACUGUCGUGUCAACAAACGGUUUUACAUGUUCACUUGCAUACCUGUUUGCUGUCAUUAUCACCUUCACUUUUGGUUUAAUAAACACGACGGGGAGAUAAAAAGGUGCAGCAAUACUUGUGGCCAUAUUUGGGUAAAGUCUACUGAAGUGUGUUGGAUACUGGUCUUUGCGUUUAAUUUGCAUCACAGGUCACAUCCUGUUGAUCCAUUUUAAGUGGUUGGUUAAUUUAAUUGCUUUUCCUUCUUUCUUUUUGUUUACACUAUUGAUACAAUGUAUUCAAGUGGGUCUGGGGCAAAAUUAUGAAUGUACUCAAUUGAUAUUGGGGUAAAAUGAAAUAAAAUGGUGGAUUGGAUAAAAAUCAAGA